AUGAGCCAAUUGCAGGACUGGUGGUCGCUUGCUCGGGUCAGAAUCUUACUGGUCCCUAUUGGUCCUAUUCGACGAGAUACGUUUGCCAAGUAUGUCGAUAUCUUCAACCAAUUUGGAGUGCUUUCCUUGGUCGAUUUGACUCCCCCAGACCCAAAAUCAUUCUCAAACCGUUUCACAGAGAGCUUGUUUCAUGAAGGAUUAAUGUAUUUUAACUUUGUCACAACCUACAAUCAAGAACACGCUCCCUUGGAAGAGUUUGAACUGCAGAAACAGGUUAUGGGUAUCAUUGGAAUCAUGCACUGUCAGCAAGCUCCUGUCUUCUCUGAAGGUUCACGGAAAUUUCAGCAAGUCUUGGCUCGAUACCCAGGCUGCUUGGCGUCUAGACUUUUUGCAUUCGAGCCUUCUGAGAACCAGGCUGAUGAUACAAAAGGCAUCAUCAUGAUCCCAAACGUUGGAGACGUGUCGUUUUAUCUAAAUACUAUGAUGUCUGACUUUUCGAGCGAGAUACUCAAGGCUUUUGGAAACAUGGCUGCUCAUUUUGAGAAGAAGCAGCUGAUUGUCGCCCCGAAUAUGGUAUUAGCAGUUCUCCAGCCCGAGUCUCCAGGAGGCAACAGUGUCAACUCCAUGCAGAAUUCUCCAAUGCCCGAACGACCUACAACACCGAAUGUGCUCACAUUGUCUCGACCUCCCAGCGCCCACGUUCUGCUAUCAGAUAAAACAUCUGGACUAGAUCAAACAAAUUCCAGUGCUACUGCAUUUGGUGCUGCACUAGGAAGUGUGGGGGCAGCUAUGGGGUCCUUGUUGGUUGCUGACAAGAACAAGCGUAGGACUCCAGGCCGAGUGUUGAAACUGAUUGGAGAUAUUUACUUGAUGGCCGGCCGACUGGAUUACGCCCUUCAAAACUUCGUUACAUGUAUAGACCUGAUGAAGGCAACUGGAGAUUAUCAGUGGCACGCAGCAGCCUUGGAUUCAUUCUAUUGUGCGACUCUGCUUUCAUCGGUGAACAAGGCCGGCAUUGGUCCAAUGUCUGCCGCAUCACCAGAGCAGUCUCCUGCUCGGGAAGGAAGACGUGGCCCCAAGUUACUUAGCCUGCCAUCGAUCGAAGAUAUAUUUGAACAGGCCGCUAUCCCAAACUCGACCAUAAGGUCGUUAUUAUGUGAACUUCCAGAAAAGUAUCGAGAAAUAGUCUCGCUACAUGAAAAGACCAUGACGAAAGAUACACAAGGCUUUUAUCCAAUAUUUCAGGUCACAGCAUGUCUCAAGAUGGCUCGUUUACUCGCAGCCAUGAUCAAGUAUCACUUUACGGGCUCUAUCUUUAAUGGUGCUGCAAUGCCCAUAACAGUAGCAGAGUCUCGAGGCCUGAGUGACAUUGCGGCCUCUAUAAAUGUGACGAGACCUGUAACUGGCUCUGUCCGUAUCCAACAGACAGCUUCAGAAUCUGCCGGCACUCAACAAGUAGACAGGGAACGCAUAAUACUAAACAAUGGUCUUGGUGCCUCUAGAGUUGACGUGUCCUCAUGGCUCACCAAGACAUCGACUCUCGGUUUAGAGUAUCUCACUUUCUCUGACCAGAUAUGGGUUUCGACAGUGAUUGCAAGCAUAUUUGGACAGAUUGGAUAUAAACGGAAACACGCAAUGUAUCUUAGACAAGCUGGUCUGCUGGUGUUGACUACGCUGAAAGGAAAUCUGGGUAUCAGAAGGUUGAGUGGUCUUUACGAAGUGAUGGGACCUGCAGGACCUCUGAAUAGCCCUGACGUAACAUUUCGACAACAAUCAACUGCUAAUUCUAAUAUAGUCACGUCAAAUGGUGCGCUGGAAUGUAUGAAGAGAGUCUGUGAUAUUAUGGGAGUGGGAGAGAUACGUCCUAAAGAUGACCGUGAAGUAGACGAUGACGAACUAGAUGAUUGGAUGGAAGAUUAUGAAGAUAGACAUGAUGUAGACAUGUUUUUAUCACAAGGUCAUGAUGCAAUCAAGGGUCUCAAGAUGCCUGUUAGAAUGGCUCAACGAUUGCGCCAUGGAUGGCCAGACUUGCAGAUACAAGUGUUGAAGGAGUGUGUGGAUAUUGCUGAUGCUUCGAGUGAUUACCAAGGAUCGAUAAUAUUUACUACCCGUCUAUUACGUCGCCUUCACUACUUUUUGAGCAAGACUGAACAAUUGGAGCUUGCCUCUUCAUUGGAAUCUAUUGUCCGUCGAACUCGAACAGAGGGUGAUGACACUGCUGGCAAGACAGUUGCUCCCCUAGCUCUAGUCAAGAAUGUGAUGGGAGGAAUUUGUGGUGUUCCAGUGUUGCGAAGCAUAGAAGUCGUAAGACAAACACCUCGACGAGUUCCUUAUCGUCAUACUCGGUCAGAGAUAAUACCAACAUCACCGAUAGACCGUGCAAAUCGAGAUCCCUUCAUCACAAACGCUUGGAAGGGUAACCCUGACGAGUCAAACAAACGUCAAGUUCUUGAAACCAUUCUUGUUACUGGCGAGAUGGCAUAUUUUGACGUCGUAUUGGCCAACCCUUUUGCAUUUGAUUUGGACAUUGAGAGUAUCACAGUAACGGCACAUGGUAUUGAGUUUCUGACAGUACCUUUAUCAACCACAAUACCUGCGUACGAACGUAUCCAUAUGCUCAGGUUGUCAGGAAUACCGAAAUCUGAUGGCUUAUUGCAUAUUUUGGGAUGUACUGUUAAACUGUUUAAUGGCUCUGUGGAGGAAGAUAUUCGACCUGUAGGUCACAACUCGUCUCUCAAGAGCAGCGCAUCCCGAAAACAUAAACAAAAUGAUCGUGAGAGGUUGGGCAAAGUUAUACCUCCAAGUAAUAAACAGGAAUCAGGUCGCAAGACUCCCAUUGAUCCAAUAUCAUCGAACGAGAUAAGAAUCUCUGUAAUUCCACCACAACCAUUAUUAUCAGCCUCAUCUGCCAUGCUUGGUUCUCAUGGAUCUCUCGCCCUGUACGAAGGUGAAGCAUCCACAAUCGUAUUUAAAUUACAAAACAUAUCUGCCACAGUCCCCAUUGAUUAUCUCACAAUUGCAUUCACUGAGACUUCAUUGGCCAGUCCCCGAGCGGAUGCCGUUGAAGAUCCAGAAAUAACGUAUGAGAGAGAUGUUCAUGAUAGGAGUUUACGAGUGUUUUGGUUGGAAGGUGGUGAAUUGACCAAGAGUGGAUUGGGAUGUCCUAUUGGUGAUACAGUUGUAGAAACUGUAGCUGUUAAUCUGGUGCCGGGUGAAUCUAGAGAGGUAGUCAUUGGAGUUUAUGGGAAGCGAACAUGCUCUGGAGGCUCUCUGAGAUUCAACUAUGGACAAGUUAUAUCGUUAUUAUCUCCCUCUGAUGGAAUAGUGUCUUUACCGACUGCAUCACCUUCAGAUGCCGAAUCGAAUUUCUACACAAGAGAGCUAGUCGUCCCGGUACUCUUGACGGUCCAUCGAACAUUAGAAGCUCUAAGUCUUGAUGUACUCCUAAUGGGUGGUUUGGGCCCUGUUGAACCGUCAGCAUCGACCAAGAUCACUGUGAAUCGUAGCCUAUCACUAGAAGACCUCGUCACUGAUCCUGUUGGUAUAAGCGAAGAAGAGAAGGCAGUUGGUGUGAUUCCUGCAGAUCAACGUAACGAGUAUGCACUCAUCACGUUUGAUUUACGGAAUUCAAGUACUGCGGUGUUUGAAGUCACGUUUGAUUUAUAUGCUGAUGAAGAGAAAUCGGAUGUGGUUGAGAAGGGAUUUCAGGUUACGACUGUUGUGCAUGCUCAUCAAACCAAAAGGAUUGUGUUGCCCAUUAAACGGAUAUAUUUAUCUGAAGCUGUAGCUCAUCAGCCGAUCCCCUUCCCGGACUGGCGACAGUUUGUGAGAACACAGCGGCCAAAGUUCUCUGAAUGGGAAGAACAUAUUCGACGGGCCUUGUUUUGGUACAAGGAGGAGCUCGUUGGUGGAUUGGAAGGUCGUGGGAGAGUUGUUGGGCGUUGGUUGACUUCAAAGGGAAGGCAAGGAAACUUUUCAUUACGAAAUGUGUACUUGACACCGCCCAUGCUGUCUUCUCUGCAACGAGAACAAGUGUCUUUUCAAGCUCGAGUGAUACCAUUGGAAGGCAGCACACAGACAAUACGGACUAUUAGUAGUGCUCGAUAUGUGUGUCCUGUCCGUGAAUGUGUUGUUUUAGAAUGGACGGUGACCAACCGAAUGGAACACCCCGCCAAGUUCCUGUUACGGAUACAAGGGGUACAAGAUCAUCAAAACGGUACCUUUGAAACAGAUAUAACUGAUACGCAACUAAUGUAUGGUGGAUCAUUAGAGUAUGUCUUCCCCAUGUUGGCCGCUAUGGGAGGUAGUUCGAUUUAUCGACUACCGUGUAUAUUUCGUGGAUGUGGAGAAUACCGGUUCUUAUAUCACGUAGAGAAUCGGUAUAUACCUGAAAAGACGAAUGGUGCUACUGCUGCUACGAGUACGAUGGCAACCAACAAACGUGUUGAUGAGAUUGCGUUUUGGGGCCCAGAGCCAUUAGUUGUGUUUGUAGAAAAGUAG